AUUAUCGGGACCAUAGCAGUGAUGAGGCAUAAGCAAAAAGAGGAUUGGGCGUGGUUGUUCAGACUUGCCGUAGACCAGAGAUACCGACGGAAGGGCGUAGGACUAAAACUAAUCAAUGUGGUUCAGAACUGGUGCAAGAAUAAUCGAUUCAACAAUAUUGAAUUGGUGAUGUCGGAAUGCCAAGAAGGGGCCAGGGAACUCUUCGAUGCGGCAGGGUUCGAAAUGAAGCAGUUGUACCACAAAAAGCUAUUUACAAGCGCAGUAACGCUUCAAAUGUUCCAGUUAGGAUGCGAAGUUAGAUCAACAUUUUAGUUUUAAUAUAAGUAAGCUCAAAUAGUAAAUCACAUCUAGGUGCCAUGAAGAGAAUAUGGCAGUGUUCUUUCACAUGACUGAAUAAAUAUUUUGUUACACUUUAUUUUUAAAUAAAAGCCAGAAUGGAUCUUA